UGUUUGCUGCUGCUGCAUUGCUGUGUACGAACGACCCUCUGCGUACACAACAACGUGCCAUACAUCUCCGGUCUUGAUGUGUCUAUCUAUACAUGUAUUCCAGACGAAAGCGACACCCUGAUGCUUCUGUGCCUGAUGCUUCCGUGGACAUAUCUGAGCUGCGUCAUGUAUUGGUGUGCAGCUUAAUCAAGUUUUCACGUGAGGUAUUGAGAGGUAUUCAUCCACCGCCGCCCGCCUGGCCCUCUCUCUCCUCUCCCUCCGAUACGAAACGAGAACCGAGAGAGUUCCGCCGCCGGCGGUGGGUUGCAGGAGGAGUCUUGCAGGAGUGCAGGACAGAGAUCCACUUCAAACGAGAGUUCCGCCGCGUUAGCCCCGUUCGUUAGGUCC